AUGGCUCAAACAACACCCAUCCCUUUCUCGGAACCGCCCUACCUCUGCGGCCUGCCUUCACCCUACUACACCGCUUCUCACCUCGAAUGGCAGAAGAAAUGCCGCGCCUUCAUAACCAAACACCUGACCUCUCACGCCAUGGAAUGGGAGACCGCCGAAACCGUCCCCGAACACGUCUGGCACGACUUCUGCAAAGCCAACAUGCUACUUCCCAGUCUUCCCGCCCCUCUUCCUGUAGAAAGAUUAAAGAGCUUGGGCAUCCACGAUAUCUUGGGUUUGCCAGUGGAAGAGUUCGAUUACUUCCACAAUGCGAUUUAUACGGAUGAGAUGUUGAAGUCAGGCUUGGCUGGCCCUGGUGGUAGUUUGACAACAGGAAUGGCGUUUGGUGUUCCGCCGUUGUAUAAGUUUGGCAGUAAAGAGUUGCAGGAUAGGUUCUUGCCUGAUCUGUUGACGGGUAAGAAAAGAGCUUGUAUCGCUAUUACGGAGCCCGGAGCUGGAAGUGAUGUUGCCAACAUUGAGACCACGGCUGUCAAGAGCAAGGACGGAAAAACAUAUACCAUCAAUGGAACUAAGAAAUGGAUCACGAACGGUAUCUGGAGCGAGUUGUCUUGCAUGGCUGUCAGGACUGGUGGACCUGGGCCAGGUGGUCUGUCCUUGAUGGUCGUACCAUUGAAGGGGCAUGAAGGUGUCAGCAUGAGAAGAUUGAAGGUUAGUGGCCAGAUCAGUGCUGGCACCACAUACAUCGAGUUGGACGAUGCAGUGGUGCCAGCAGAGAACCUGAUUGGAGAGGAAGGAAUGGGCAUGAGAUAUAUUAUGACCAACUUCAACCACGAACGCUUGACCAUUGCCAUCGGCUGUGCAAGACAAGCAAGAGUUGCUCUGAGCGCAGGUAUGUGA